UUCAAUACAGCUGCAUUCAUUCCAAUGCGCAAUAGUCUAUAUAAGCCUAUAAAAUUUUUAAUAAAUUCCAAUGACAGAAUUCUAUCGGUUAGUAUAGAAUUCUGAAGUCAGCGAAUCGUUUCAAAAUGGUUUCCCUACAGACAGUAAUACUAUGCAUCAGUAUUGCAUUCUUUGGCCUCACUUUUCCAGAAAGCGAAGCCAAAACGUACGAUUUCACUAUCCCUCCAGGCGAGGAUUUGAGCGAUGUAGAUCUUAGCAAAUUAAAUCUGGGAAAAAAUGUAGACAAAAGUAAAGUAAAGCUCAAUAGACACACUGUCCCAGGAGUAGGAACGAAUCACACAUACCGUUAUAAAACUCCUGGAAAAACGGUAACCCACACUUAUAGAUACAAGAAGCCAGGAAAGACUAACAUCCAUCAUUACCGUUACAAGAAACCAGGCCAAACGGAUGUGCAUCACUACCGAUACAAGAAACCAGGAAUGACCGAUGUGCACCACUACCAAUACAAGAAACCGGGACAGACCAAUAUUCACAAUCAUCCUAUGACUACUACUCCUGCACCUGUGCCACAGAAGCCCGUAACUGGUGUUUACUACAUGAGUGAGUACAUUAUUAUUUAUUUUUUGUGUUUCUGAAAAAUUACUCCUAGC